GGCGUCCCCGUUGCAUAGAAACGAAAACACGCAAACGCUUUACGAAGCGGGCAGGCUUUUAAUAUCGGUGUUGCCUUGAAGAGGAUCUACAGCGCUCUGCUUGCGAUAGACAAACGUGACUCGUGCUUAAACAGACUCCAGCGUGUGGAUAGGUAGCUUUUGUUAAACAACAUCGUGUAAGUGUUAACGCUACUACAGCUUGCGACGUUAGCCGAUUGGUAAUUAGCAGCCGCUGGAGGUGAAGAACGGUAACAGUAAGCAUUCACGUCAGAUACUUUAAAAAGUAAAAUAAUCAAUUGCCUCAUCUGUGCCAUUCUGAGAUACAUACAGCACCAGUGUUGUCGAUGUUUUGAGGACAGUCGAGCCGAUGAAAUUGGCGAUCUCGAACCGAACCACACGAUGUUAACCUCAGCUAACCGAUGGAAAGCUAACGUUAGCUAUCGCACAUUUCCGUAGUCAAAGGGAUGCUAGCGCUCUUUAUCUUGGAUCUGGCUUUCAUUAUCGCCCCAGUCAAAGGGAAAACUAGUUUAAAAAGAGAAUAACGUAAAAAUGGCUGACGACGUUGGCAGCAUCCCUGAACUGGGAAGGAAAGACGAUUCGGACGAACAGGUGAAGAUCAUCUGUCUGGGAGACAGCGCAGUUGGUAAAUCUAAGCUGAUGGAGAGGUUUCUCAUGAACGAAUAUCGUCCCCAGCAAAUGUCAACCUACGCGUUGACCCUCCACAAACACAAAGCCACUGUAGGAAACAAGACCGUAGAAGUCGAUUUCUGGGACACGGCUGGUCAGGAGAGAUUUCGGAGCAUGUAUCCCUCUUACUACCACAAAGCACACGCGUGCAUCAUGAUAAAGCACACGCUUGGCUUCAAGGUUUUUGAUGUUCAAAGGAAGGUAACGUAUAAGAAUCUGGCCUGCUGGUAUACGGAGCUAAGAGAGUUCAGACCGGAGAUUCCCUGUUGCGUGGUUGCUAACAAAAUUGACGCUGAUUUGAAGGUCACACAGAGAAGCAUUAACUUUGGGAAGAAGCAAGGAAUCCCAUUUUACUUUGUGUCAGCGGCCGAUGGGACUAAUGUUGUUAAGAUGUUCAGAGAGAUGAUCAAGAGAGCAGUGGACUACAAGCAAAACCCCAGCGAUUUCAUGGAUGAAGUAAUGCAAGAAUUGGAGAACUUUGACUUGGAGAAGAAAGAAGAUCAUCCUGAAGCAGAUGAGGACAGAUUGCAGGCCGAGCACCCCGAGGCGGUCUGACGGAUGUUUACACACCUUUUCAAACCCACUUUUCAAAGUCGCUGCCCUCCUUCUGUCCAAUGACUCAGAGAAAACCUGGUGGAAUAAAUAGGAAUUGUGUUGUUUAAGUUUCUAUACUAUUUUAGAGAUGUCAUUCAUACUUGCAAUAUCAGCUAUAGUAGAAAAUCCUACCAUGAGGCUGAAUGUGUUUUAUUUUGUGAUAAGAAGGUGAAGCAUUGAAGACUAACUCAAGCAGAUCAAAGAGAUUGUGUCAUUAUAAACCGUGUUUGCUGCUGUUCUCGAUGUUUGUUAGUUGUGUGCAAUGCCAGCGGGACUAGUGGCUACAUUUGUUGUAUUCAUUUUAGAAUUGAGUCUAUUUUUCAGCAACCUUUUAAAUGAAAAGAUAAUGUACCAUGUAACCAAAUUGUUAUCAAAUGUCUCUUUCUGACUUGCUGUGUGCAGAAGUAGGCACAGGAGCAGUAAAUAGUCAACUUCAGCGUAUUAUAGCAUACAUACGUGGGUAGACCUCCGCUGUAAUGUUUUAGCCUUGUGAAAUGCUCAGCCAGUCGUGUCCUACAUGAUGCUUUUUAGAAAGCUGUGUGUAUGUUCGUUCAUUUUGGCAAGAAUGUCGCAUGUUAAGUUAUAUUAAACCAGUUUUAUGGCUGAAGGUGAUGUUCAA